CUCAACCGCGACCCGAGCCACCAUUCCAAAACCAUCUCCAAAACCAUCCACAAACUCCACCACGUCAACGCGAAACCCUCAACGUCGCGUCAUCAGCAUCGAAUCCGCGCACCACGCGACGAAAUUUUACAAGAGCAUAAUAUCCAACUCCUUUCUUCAGAGUCGAACCACCCCGCGCAUCCGCGUGCAUCUCAGCAAUGGCCGGCGGAAAGGGCAAAUCAUCGGGCGGGAAGAGCUCCGGAGGAAAGACGUCUGGGGUCGAAGGCCCCAAGAAGCAGCAGAGCCAUUCGGCGCGCGCUGGUUUGCAGUUUCCUUGCGGCCGCGUCAAGCGUUUUCUCAAGCAAAACACGCAGAACAAGAUGCGCGUCGGCGCCAAAGCAGCCGUCUAUGUCACUGCCGUCCUGGAGUAUCUCACCGCCGAGGUGCUUGAACUUGCUGGGAACGCCGCGAAAGAUCUCAAAGUCAAGCGUAUCACUCCUCGCCAUCUUCAACUCGCCAUCCGUGGUGACGAAGAGUUGGAUACACUGAUUCGCGCCACCAUCGCUUUCGGAGGCGUUCUGCCGCACAUCAACCGCGCCCUUCUCCUCAAGGUCGAACAGAAGAAGAAGGCCAAGGCCCCGGAGGCGUAGGCACCGGCCUGGCAGACGCGAGUUUCUCAGUCACGUAUUCGAUAAUGAAGUUUGGCGGAAUGGCUUGGUACUCGUCUUGUUUGCUUCCAACAACCUUGGGCCCUGUCGCCCGCUCGGUCCUGAUUUCUUUUCAUACCGCGACGCGGCCCCUGAUAAGGCAGGGCGAGAGCGGCUGCACCCGUUCAGGCACUCCUGCGGUGCACGGGCACAACAUCGUGUCCGAUGAGGGAAUUUUGAGCCGAAGCAAGGCUGGCGUUGGUCUGGGGGUGGGGCAUUGUGCCGAGGGAACAGCAGUCUUCUCGUUGGUUCGACCAUUUGUUUUCUUUUCUCUGCGGGAGGGUUCUGAUAUCUGUAACAAAACACGGUUUUUGUCUCUUCUUGGGGUUUAUGGGCUGAGCAAGGCUGGUCUACGUAACGCGUGAGUGGGGUGGGAAUGGGAGGACGCCGGGCCCAACCGCGGUCUCACGCAGGCGCCCACUUGCUUGGGCGAGACAGAGCAAUGGGGUUUGGAGGUCAACAAAUAGGAUGUGAUUGCUCUC